AUGACGAUCAAAGGGAUGCUUACCGCCACGAGACCCUGGAGCUGGACGGCUGGGAUCAUCCCUGUCCUGCUCACCGGUGCCCUGGUGCACAAGGCAGAAGGCGUGUCGGUGGCGAAGGGGGGGCUCAGCAACGCCUUGAUGAUGGUCAUCACCCUGCAGGCCUCCGGGAACCUGGUGAACUCGUACAUCGACCACAACUACGGCGUAGACACCAUCGAGACCGCUGGCGACAGGACCAUCGUCGAUGCCCACGUUAGUCCGAAGGGGGCAUUAGUUCUCGCCGGGGUGAUGUUCUUUGCCGCGGUGGCGGCGGUGCUGCCGACGAUCUCCAGGAUGAGGGUUAGCGGGCAAGCCAGGGAGCUGGAGGCCACGUUCUGGGUCGGGGUGGCCAUGGUAUUUUCAUACACCUGCUGGCCGUUUAGGCUAAAGUACCGUGGCCUGGGGGAUAUCACGGUCUUCCUUCUCUUCGGGCCCAUGCUCAUGCAGGUAGCAGCGAUGCUCGUCUGCGGGUCGGUGCAGCACUGGGUCCUGCCGUUUGGUGUCCCCGCCGCCCUUCUUUGUGAGGCGAUCCUCCACGCCAACAACAUGCGGGAUAUCGAGCAGGACCGAAGCGCCGGGAUUUCUACCCUGGCGAUCGGCUUCCGAUCGAGCCAGGUCCUGUACUUCGGCCUGCUCGGGAUGGCAUACGUGGUGGCCGGAUGCUUGGCCGCGACGGGCAGCAGGGGGUCCGCGCUGUCGUUCCUUACCCUGCCGCUAGCCAUUUCGGCGCUCAAGGAUUGUAGGCCAGAGGCCGUGCGCAACCUGGAUGAGAAGACGGCGAAGUUGCACCUGCUGUUCGGCGUGCUCAUGACUGCCGGAACCCUGCUCUUCUAA